AUGUUUGGCAGACUGUUAGAACUGGCAUGUCGGCGUUUGCAUGUAUGUGCAGGCGCUGAUGAUGAAGCUCAAGAUGAGCCACCGGAGGAUUCAGUCGACUCCUGUUUCAGGAGGUGGGGGUUUGCGGAGCUGCGGGUGAAGCCUCUGGAGAUCAGCCACCUUCAGACCUUGUGCCGCCAGUGGACACGGAACAUGCCGGAGCUCCGUGAGCAGGUGGAGGCUGAGAUGAUCCAGCCGGACAAUUUCGACCUCGUUAACAGCCCGCUCACGGCCAUCACCGUGCUGAGGGACCUGGUCCCGAGAUCCCCGUCCGACAGGAAGCAGAAGUUGACACGCUGCCAGCUCUACGAGCAGAUGUUUAAGCGCGUCUUCCAGAGCUACCAAGCUCUGAAAUCCCACGACAGCAAAGCUUUCGCCGAGCUUCACAAGCAGGGUGUGACGGUUGCAGUGGCCGAGCUCGCCUACGAAGGCCUAGGCCGCAACAGCCGGGCGAUCAAGGCGCACGAGCUGGCCUCCUUCGUUGCCUCGCUGAACGUCAAGGAGUUGGUGGAGCCCAUGGAGAAGCUAAUGAAGCUAGCGCAAUCUGGACAACUGCUUCUCCUGGAGGAGAAGGACGGUGGCCUUCGAUUCCGCUACCCCUCCAUGCAGGAUUUUCUGGCGGCACAUUGUGCCUGGCAGCGCCUUUUGGAGGGCAAGGGCUUGCCGACAUGGCUGGUGCAGGUCUACAAACGCCUGGCAGCGCAAAAGGACUUGUGUCUUUUGGAUGGCUUCCUCAUGAACGAGCGAAGAGAGCGCGGGCGGCGAGUUGGUUUCGACUGCGUCUCCCUGGACCUUAGAAGUCGUGCACCACUGGCUGAUGCUGACGGGCCCAAGACGGGCUACAUGGUCGGCAAGUACCACGUGCAAGUCGAGGAAUUCGAGAGGUUCACGCUCCCCGUCCUGGACCGUGUGCUUGCGAAGCAGGCUGGCAACAGGCACACGGUCUUCAUCUUCGACGAAAUCGGGAAGAUGGAGCUCCUCAGCAAGGACUUCGUGGCGCGCGUGAAGCGACUUCUGGAAAACCCGGACCCAAAGCUCCAUGUGCUGGGGACCGUGGCCAUAGCUGGGGGUGGCUUCAUCUCCCAGAGCAAGCGGCUUUCGGGAGUAGAGGUGGUGGAGAUCGAUGUGCAUACCCGGGAUGAGAAGGUUGGGGAGCUCGCAGCCCGCUUCGAGGAGGCCUGUGGCGGAGGCGACCCCGGGCCGGGUCCGUCAGCUCCGUCUGGUCGCUCGGGUCCGUCCUCGCCGGAGCGCGACGGACCAACCAAAGGCCGCUGGCGGCCCAAGGCGAAAGUCGCCGAGCCGGCUUCUGCUCAGAGCGCGACAGCCUCCUUCCUUCCACCAGAUCGUGCUUCCAACGCCCAUGGCAGCGGAGCUGUCUGUGCUGUGGCCAUGGGAAAGGCAGCAUACGGGCAACUGGGCCGAGGGGAGCCGCUUGUAUCCAGCGGCGAUGUGCUUGGAGUUCUUGGACUCGGCUCGGAGGGCUCGGCGGUUUCCUCGGUUUCCUCCGCCUCCUGUGGUUUCGACCAUACUGGGAUCGUUACCUCGCAGGGUCAACUUCUGCUCUGUGGAAAGAACAACAAAGGGCAGUGCGCCCGCAAGUCCAAGGGAGUACGGGGGGACAAGGAUGCCCCAGACUUUUCGGAAGAUUUGGCUCUGCCUCAGGUUCCUGAAGGCCUGCCACCACCAAGUAAGGUGAAACAGGUUGCUUGUGGUGGCGAGCAUACACUUGUGCUCAUGGAGACCGGUGAGGUCUUGUCUUGCGGCAGCAACGCCGCAGGGCAGCUCGGUCUAGGGCAGAGUGGGCCGAAGAUGUCCGCCACCCUGAGUCGAGUUAAGCUGCCACCUGCAGAUGCAGUGAGCGCGGGCUUCUGCCACAGCGCGGCCAUCUGCAGCGAUCGGCUGUACAUGUGGGGCGAUUGUAACCAAGGCCAGUUAGGGCUGGGAAGGCGGCAAAGGCAGAUCGCCGAACCACAGUUGGUGGACGUGGGGGGUCCUGUGCGGGCAGUGGCAUUGGGGCGAUGGCAUUCUCUGGUGCUGAGUCUGGGAACAGUUUGGGCCUUCGGUUGGGGCCGCUUUGGUGUUUUGGCCCAAGGCCAGAACAUGGAGAACCAGCUGCUCCCCAUGAAGAUCGAAGGCUUGCCGGCGCCUGUUCACAUCCUGGCCUCUGGUGCCGUCCACUGCGGAGCCGUUUGCGGACCCGCGCGGGAGUGUUACAUGUGGGGCCGUGGAAGCCUCGGCCGCCUGGGCUUGGAGUUGGGCUCAGAGGCGAACGUUGCCAGGCCAAGGCCAGUGCCAGGUCUGCGAGACGUCACCGCCCUGGCGCUGGGAGGUGACUUCUCAGCCGCCCUCACUGCAGCUGGCGACUGGUGGGUUUGGGGGAAGAAUGAAGAGGGCCAGCUUGGACAAGGAGACAUGAACCGCGAGAAUGCAUGGCCCGCAGAGGACAAGUCACAGCUUCGUGGUAGUUACGGGCGAUACUUCAAGCGCACACUUGAGAACGCUGCUGGGAACGUUUCCGAAGCUGUGACGAGCUGCGCCAAGUUCUUUUGCCUGCAGGCAGAGGGCAAAGAGCCGUUGAAGAAAGAGCUUCUGCUCGAGCUCCGCGAAGGGUCUGCUGACCUUUCUUCUGCAGACCAUGUGCAAGGCGCACGCCUUGACCUCCCUUGUCCGUCAACGCCAGGUGUGAACCAAACUGGCCUCCACUUUGCAGCUGUGCAUGGGCACAAGGAAGUGGUUGACAUGCUCUUGGAGUUAGCACCGGAGCCAAUGCAGCUGUGCCAGGCAGUCAACGCCGAUGGUAUGGCACCUCUGCAUUGUGCAGCGAGGGACGGCCACGAGACCACCGCGCGAGCUUUAUUGAAGCGAUCUUCGAACGGCUUGGCCUUGCUGCAGAUGCCGCAGAAGAACAGCUCUACACUCCGGCCACUGCACCUCGCCGCAAAACACGGGCACGUGGCUGUCGUGAAGUGCUUCCUGGAGUAUGCACCAAAUCCCACAGCUCUCUGCGUUGAGUCCAACAGUGCGGGCAACACGGCCUUGCAUUUCGCAGCAGCAGGAGGACACACGGUGUGCGUGCAAGCCAUCUUGACCCAUGCCGGGCCCCCGGUUGCCCUGCCAGAUCGUGCCCUUCUGCUGCUGACGGCUGUAAAUAGAUUUGACCGGCAGACUGCCCGACACUUGGAAGGCUGCUUCAAGCUUUCAGUUGACCACCUGCGAUGCUGCGAAGGCCCUUCAUGUGGCGGCUGA